CCCGCCCCUGCGCGCCUCCCCCUAUAAAACCCGCCCGCCUCCGGCUCGGCCUCCAUUCCCUCGCCGCCGUUCCCCGCUACCCCUGCAGAUCUCCGCCCCGCCGCCGAGGUAGGUAGGAGAGGAAGAGGGCGAAAUGGUGAAGCACAACAACGUUAUCCCCAACGGGCACUUCAAGAAGCACUGGCAGAACUAUGUCAAGACAUGGUUCAACCAGCCCGCCCGCAAGCAGAGGCGCCGCAUUGCUCGUCAAAAGAAGGCUGCGAAGAUAUUCCCACGCCCAACUGCUGGACCUCUUCGCCCCAUUGUCCAAUGCCAGACGCUCAAGUAUAACAUGAAGUCAAGGGCUGGGAGAGGCUUUACCCUUGAGGAGCUGAAGGCUGCGGGCAUUCCGAAGAAGCUUGCCCCAACCAUUGGCAUUUCUGUGGAUCACCGCCGCAAGAACAAAUCACUUGAGGGACUUCAGGCUAAUGUCCAAAGGCUGAAGACAUACAAGGCCAAGCUGGUUAUCUUCCCAAGGCGUGCUCGCAAGGUCAAGGCUGGUGACUCUACUCCUGAGGAGCUUGCCAGCGCCACCCAGGUCCAGGGUGACUACAUGCCUAUUACUCGUGGUGAGAAGCGCUCGGUUGAGGUUGUGAAGGUGAGCGAUGAGAUGAAGUCGUUCGCAGCCUAUGGCAAGCUCCGCCUCGAGAGGAUGAACAAGAAGCACCUUGGUGCCCGCCAGAAGAAGGCAGCUGAGGCAGAGAAGGAAGAGAAGAAGUAAAGCGACCGGAUAUAGUAUCUUCUAGUUGAUGCUACAGCCAUGGGCUUGUUCUAAGUUUUGUUUUGGUGCUUUAAAUAGAGACCAGCCGAUCGAUUUGGUGUCCUUGUACUGUUUGAUACCUGGUAGUCAUUUGCGUACUCUAUUAUCAAAUGGUUCACAUCGGAUUCUUGCCCUCUUCCGUUUCUGAAUUGCUUAACCUGUCAUGAUGUUUGCCCGUCUGAAAUUCAUCUGGUGAA